UGAACCCACCCAACAUUGAGGAUGCUAAGCUGUAUCUGGUGCAGGGUGUGUACAGUUAUCAUCACUACAUGCAGGAUCACGUGGAUGAUAAUGGCUGGGGAUGUGCGUAUCGUUCCCUUCAGACUAUUUGCUCUUGGUUUCAGCAGCAAGGAUAUGUGGAGACGGCUGUGCCCACACACACACAGAUCCAGCAGGCUCUUGUGGAUGUUGGGGAUAAAGAGCCACGUUUUGUGGGUUCACGUCAGUGGAUUGGCUCCAUCGAAGUUCAGGCUGUCCUUAACCAGCUGCUGGGGGUCACCUCAAAGAUCAUGUUUGUCAGUCAAGGAUCUGAGCUGGCCACCAAGGGCAGAGAGCUGGCCAACCACUUUCAGACUGAAGGAACUCCUGUCAUGAUCGGUGGGGGAAUACUUGCACACACUAUUCUAGGCGUAGCGUGGAGUGACAACACUGGACAAAUACGCUUUCUUAUCUUGGACCCUCACUAUACUGGUGGAGAAGACCUGCAGACCAUCACUGAUAAGGGCUGGUGUGGAUGGAAGGGGCCAGAGUUCUGGGAUCAAAAUGCCUUUUACAACCUCUGCCUUCCCCAGAGACCCAAGACCAUUUGAGUCACGUGCAUGACACUUAUUCGCUUUUAUUUGUCAUCUGAAUUCAUGGAUUCACUGGAAGUCUCAUUGUUUCAGUGAGUGCAAACCCACAUGUCACAGAAAAGUGAUUUAUUACUCAUUGUCCUUACAAUGUUUUAAAUGUCCGUGCCUAUUUUAACAUCCACUUUGAGUCACGCUAAAGGUUACGUUGAUUUCAGCAACAUCUCACAUGAUAUUCAGUCCGGCUGAAAAUGGAUGAUAUUAAUGACGUCAUAUCCUCAAGACUGCCCAAGUUUACAAGUUCAUCAUACAUCAUAUUCACAAGAUAUCUUUGAACAUCUACGCAAGAUAAGGCUUCCUGCAAUUCAAUAAAAAGAAACAGCAGCUAUAACUCAAACAGCAAAUGUUUCCUUAUUCAUUGAUUAUUGCAAAGUCCCUUGACUUUUCCACAUGGGGAGACUUAAACCUCUGCUUAGCUAAUCUUGCCAUAUUAAGAAUGUCUUGAUUAGCCAAGCUUGGCAGCAAGUCAACUGUCUUAUGUUCUGCUCAUUUGCACACUGUCAUAAAGCAUUUCAGUGACAUCAAGGUUUUUAUACAAUACACAUGUGAUCCAAGUUCAAUUUUUCUUACUUUUUCCAGUGACAAACCCAGAAGUCUCCCCCUUUUAAGAAAAUUAUCUGCUUUUUCCUUCCCAUCUGCUCUUGUUGGCAGGCAAAACAUGUGCUGAGCACAUUGAGCUCUGAGCAGUUCUACAGUACCAGUGUCAGUCAUUCCUCUCGUACUUAAGACCCCAAAUCACUGACCCCAGAACAGUGUAAAUUUAUCUAGACUGUUGAGGCUACAGUAUAGGCUCAAUACCAAAUGUCCACCGGAAAUUCAGUCUUUGAAUGGCAUACUGAUAGUAUCUGUUUACCAUUCACUCCAGUAAUGGUUAAACAGCCUAUUUUAAAUUUAAAUUCUCUCUCUUUAUGAGAAC